AUGUGUGCCAAGCCCCAUGCGACGCGGGGUCUGGUCGACUAUGCCACUUCCGGAUCCGAGUCUGGCUCUGACGAUGAUGCCGGCGUCGAGCCGCCGCGCAGCCAGCAUGACGACGACGGCAACGGCGUGACCACCAAGCCCGCCCCGACCAGCAUCGUCACCCCAUCCACCGGGACGAGGAAGCGCCGCCUUCCACCGCUCGGAGAUGACCUUACGCCGCUCUCGGCAGCGCAGGAGGCCGGCCCGAGCAAGCGAGUCAAGGCGGUGGUGGCGGGCGAGUGGCUCUGCCACGUCUUUGUCGAGGUCCCGCAACAGAUCUCGCUGGACCGCACGAUUGACCGGUGUCAUCGAGAUGCUCGUGAGGCGUUUGCAACGCGGUUCCAGCCCAUCGGUUCACGGCCGCCCGAUCCGGCAAACGGCGGCCAUCCCGGAGAGGUCACAUGCGAGAGGCCGCACAUCUCGCUAACGAGGCCCAUCCUGCUCCGCGCCCACGAGCGGACCAUGUUUGUUCAAGAGGCCGCCCAGGCGGUCCGGGCGGCAUCGCAUGCUUUUAACAUGCAGAGAUUUCCCGUCUCGUUUUCGCGGCUCGACCACCUGGUCAACGAUGACCGCACGCGGGACUUUCUGGUGCUAGAGGUGGGGGCGGGAUGGAAAGAGCUCAAGGCGCUUGCUGAGAGCCUGUCGACAGCGCUCUACCGGCUGGUGCGCGCCAAGCCGUACUACGAAGAGGCGAGAUUCCAUGCCAGCGUUGGGUUCGUCUCGAUGGUCGAUGACAUUAUCGGAGACGAGGGCCACAGCAUGCCCAGUCAGCCUGCGCCAGCCGCGGAAUCCGCACCGGACGGCCAAGGCGCCUCGGCGGCGGCUGCAGAGGCAGCGGCAGAGGCGCCUGCUGUCGUCGGCCCGCGCCCUCGAGGCGACGCGGAGGAUACGCGGGCGGCCGAGAUACGCAGGUGCCCGCCGUUUCUCGUCGACCGGAUCGGCAUCCGUGUCGGAAAGCAGGUGACUUGGGUCGACCUGCGGCAGUGA